CUCAAAACUGUUACUAAGUAAAUGUGCCGUCACAGUGAAAAAUCGAAAUCGAUCGAAGAGCGGAACGGAAAACAAACGAGGUCCCCCCGCAUUCGGAAUGGUCACACAAACAAAGAGCUGGAGGAUUUCAAACUUUUUGUUUCAAGUGAAUAUAUGGUAUGGUCGUCUGAAAAAAGGGGGAAAUAUUGUAAAAUAUGGUCAAUGCGCUGGUAUGUGUGUAUGUGUGUGUGUGAACAACUGUGCCCCGGUACCAUAUUUUCAUUUUGGCUCAACCAACAGCUUAACGCUCGAGCAUCACGUUCGAUCUUCCCAUUCUCCUCUUUUUUUUUAGUAGCAGGCUGACAGUUUGGAGCAACUGAUAGGUGGUAGUGAGGCGUGUGUCCGAAAUUACGCCCCCAAAAAAAUGAGUUAAAAACCAGUAGCGCAGCGAACGAACAUUAUCCAAACCGUAACGCGACGCCACGGUGUUGUGUGGCGCAAACCAGUGCUUUGUUAGGCGCAAUGUGAGUCGCAAGUGUCGCAAAUCGCACAACCGGCAAUCCGGCAAUGUGAGUCCAACCGGAACACCCGGAACUAAGUAGGCUGUUAAAGUGUUAAUCGAUAGACGAUACCCCUCCCCGGUCGUGACGUUUCAAGACGACGUUAGGACUCGUUGGCCGUAGUCCGUAAACACUAGCGGCGAACAAUGAACGAUACGGAAGUGAACGACGAGCUGCUGCUGCCGUCGGUGGCCGUGAUGCAGUCGCUAGCCGGCACCGACAACAACAAUCUGUCCUGGAUCGAGCGGAUGAACUACUCGUUCGCCAACGAGGCCCUGUACCACGCCAACACCUCGACGAUCGAACGGAUCGUCUCGAUGAUGGUGCCCGUAUUCUUCGGUUUCAUCGGGCUGGCCGGACUGCUCGGCAACAGUCUGGUGGUAAUCGUUGUGGCCGCCAACCAGAGCAUGCGAUCGACGACCAACCUGCUGAUCAUCAAUCUGGCCGCCGCCGACCUGCUGUUCGUGGUGUUCUGCGUCCCGUUCACGGCCAUCGAUUACGUGCUGCCCGAGUGGCCCUUCGGUGAUCUCUGGUGCAAGUUUGUACAGUACAUGAUUGUGGUGACCGCACAUGCCAGCGCGUACACGCUCGUGCUGAUGUCACUGGAUCGCUUUCUGGCCGUGGUCCACCCCAUCACCAGCAUGUCGAUCCGAACCGAACGGAACGCCUCGAUUGCCAUCUGCGUCACGUGGUUUAUCAUCCUGACGACGGCCAUCCCGGUGGCCAUCACGCACGGUGUCGUGUACUAUCCGCGGCAGGGUGGCCACUACACCGCCUGCCUCUUCCUGCAAACCGAGGGCUACAGUUUGGUGGCCUUCCACGUUGCCUUCUUCCUGUCGUCGUACCUAGUGCCGCUAUCGCUGAUCUCCUUCCUCUACAUGGGCAUGCUGAUCCGGCUCUGGAAGGGUGCCCCCGGUGGACGGGCAUCGGCGGAAUCGAGAAGAGGCAAAAAGCGUGUCACUCGCAUGGUCGUCGUCGUCGUCCUGGUGUUUGCUUUCUGCUGGUGUCCAAUACAGGUGAUCCUGCUGCUAAAGUCACUCCAGCUGUACGAGCUGACGCACGCCAGCAUCAUCUUCCAGAUCGUGUCGCACGUGCUGGCGUACACCAACUCCUUCAUCAACCCCGUCCUGUACGCCUUCCUGUCCGACAAUUUCCGGAAAGCGUUCCGCAAGGUCGUCUGGUGUGGCCGACCGCCACCACUCACCAUUCAGCCGGCCGCUCAAACCAAGACGACGCGCACCACCGGCAACGGCACGUCGAAUGCGGACGCCUUAUGAGCCGAGGAGCCCGUCUGCGAAGGCAGAUUUAUGGAGAAGUACAUCGAAGUAGCCAGCGUCUAAGACGCGCGCGCUUCGCCGACUUCGCUCAACUGACACGGAUGGCGCGUGUAUGUCCGAACCAACGCACACACACACACACGAACGGAUUGUUGGUGAAAAAAGAGGUGGAGGAAGUGGAUAGGCAAAUAGUGGCAAUGGGGGAUCCAUCGCAGCGGGUGCCUUUACCACGAUUUUGUAAAUAUUAACACAAUAUCUGUUUGCUUAAGCGCAAGAACGGUAAACACAACACCCGCGCACACACGCGUACACGCACACACUGCAUGCUUCUCAGUACAGCAAUCGUAGCAACCGCAAUCGGCGCAACAACUGGAAUCGACGACAACGAACGAAAAAGGAGCCAAAGGGAAACGCUUGGUACCGGCACGAAGAUGUACUUCAGCCCUCCGCGCCCCCCCCUGGCGUAGACCUCAAGCCGAGAUCGGCCACUAAAGUACCCGGCGGUCGUACGAAGUGAUCGUACAUCACGGGCACACCACCAAACCGGGACACUGCCGCAAACAUCUAGCAUCCCAGCAAGACCGCAAGACGUCAGUAGUCAGCCCCCUGACGUUUUGUGGUGACCGGGAGCCGGAACUGUGCCUGUGCGCGCGGCCGUGUCCGUGGCCGUGUCCGUGGCCGUGUCCGUGGCCAUCUUGAUCUUGAGGUCUACCGAUGCGGGGGGGAUGCAGCAGCAGUAGUAUAGCGAGGGUACGUGACGAUUGAUUCCAUCAUACCUCUCAGUGGAGCCACGGCAGAGGGGAGUCACUCAGCAUGCACCCCGUUGGUGUCUGUGUGUUGGUGUGUCUGUGUGCGUGUGUAUGUAUAUCUGCACACGAGAAAGGAAACAAUCACCGAAAACAAUAGUCAUCACUAAUCGCUUGUUUGUGUUUGCACCAUUCGUCCCAACUGCCACCAAAACCUUCCGAGUCUUCUUCAGAGCUGGCGUACCAAUAAACCAACACACACACACACACACACACAGACAGACAGCGGUAGACGCACCAGCGGCCCACGAAUGUGAAUAAAUGGAGGCGAAUUGGCAUGUCACCGGUUCGCUUUGCUCCGAUCUCGUUGUCAACAGGGCAGCGCAGCGCCCGCACCCGCUGGGACAGAAUGUCAACGUCAUUAUCGUCUCCUUCUCCUUGGUCUCGGACUCACUCGUUCGCUCGGCGGUGGGUACCUUCCUAUGGUUACCUCGGUUGCCACGACAAUUUGCCCAUUUCCAGUCGUCCAUGUUGUUCAGCGCCUGCUGGUUCGCUCGCCGGCUGGCUGGCUGGCUGGCUUUCUGUCACUCUGUUACCACCUGCGGUGCGAGGUCGUAAUGAUAUUGUUUCGGGUCAUUUGUAGAUUGGCCCCAAAAUUACUUCUGCCCCCCCCCCACCUCGCCCUGCAACUCCCUCACCUCCCACGGGGGGAAGUUCGUUGGAAUAAAAUCCUCGUUAUGGCAUCGCAUCCGGCGCGGUGCCAACACGCUCGCUAAACUAUAAACAACUAUCCGCGGGGAGGGUAACACAUUGGCAGGCGGCAGACGCACAGUCGGGAAUCGCGUCACGCUUGAUAACGAUGAGCGCAGUUUGUGCACUAAUAAAAGCUCACCAUUUAGCAAUCAGAAGAAGGAGGGAUAAGACAGAGAGACAGAGAGAGAGGGCGAGAGUCUGAAGCAAACGAUUCCAAUACCGAUUACCGAUUACCGAUUGUUUGGCGCAUUGCUUUUGAACGCCGAAAUGGAGCUGAAAUGGAGCCAUUUUGUGCGAUAAUUUAAUACGUACGAAUGAUAAUAGCCAUAAUGAGACAAGGGGGUGGUGGUGCGGUGCUGGAGGGGAGUUUCGUUUCCUUAAUGACUGCCGGUUCCGCUCGCUCGCACCUUUUGUGUUUUGCGUUUCGCUGGAAACGGGGCGCGACAGUUGGAUGCCACCAAAUAGCAUAGCAUCCCAUGACCCAUCAGGGCCAGGAUGCGCCUGCUGUGCGUCAGUAGUGCGAGAUCACUCAAACGUGCCAACGGCAACGAUUGCGUCAAUAAUUGCUGCGUGGCGCACUUCUCAGCUCCGGCGCUCGGCUACCUGGAAGCCAUUUCGGGUGGUCUACCGGAAAAAAUGGACACCAUUUUAUGUGUGCGACUCAUUCGCAGUAGACGGUGGACGGUAGUGACGCCAGACAACCGCGGUUGUAACGUGACGUGACGUUGCCCGAUGACAAUUAACAGAUGGAUGGAUUCGUACGGUUACCUCCAUUUCCCGGUUUUGUUUCGCCAAAUAAAACACAAUUCACCGCCGGUGCGCCAUCUUGUGCCAUCUGGAUUAUUGUACAGUCAGCUCUUCGUGCUUGCGUGGAGGAGUAGCAGAAGGAGUCACGGAUAUUGUGAAAUCACGAAUGUCUAUACCAUUGACGAAUUGAUAGAAAACGCCUCCCGCGGGGGAGGGGUUUGUACAUAAGAAACUAACCGUAAGUUGUUGUAAAUCUUGCUGUUGAACCGUUGAUGCUGUGUAGUUAUUAUUCUAGCAAUUAAUGAGUCAUAAUUCUAACGAUUUCGUACGAAAACCUGAACCGAAACCGCGAAAUGUAUGCUAACCCCCUCCCCCUUUCUAAGCGAAUCUUGUUGUGCCAAAGACCGGAAGUGGAUCGAUGUACCCGAUCCAGCGUUUGGUUCCAGAUCCACUAUUUGGCUUUUACCCAGAGUAUAGAUUGUAAGAAAUGUUUGUUAUUCGAUUCAUGCUAUAAAGCCAUCCCCAGUAGUCCGACCAAAUAGAGAAAAAAAAUUGUAUAGAAAUGAGCAAAUGAUAUAGAGAAUUGGAUGAAACGAGUUUGUAAAUUAUAAGCUGCUUUUGAUAAGGUGCCCCUUAUAAGUGUACAAAAAAAAACAGAUCUAUAACUAGAGUUCCAUCGAAUGUCCGCAAUCGGUCGGCGUGUUGCGUGUAAUUUAAAAUUCACUUUUUUAUAACGGUGUCGAUGGUUCAAAAUUUCAUUGAAGAGAAAUAAACUUUCGUCAUU